CAGACACGAAGUUGACUUCCUUGACUCGGCCGGAGAAAAGCAAGAUGUCUACUAUGGACGUGGAUGAUUUUAUUCAACAAAACAGAGCUCUGGCCGACCAGGUAGAAACGUAUCGAGGUUAUUGGGAGAGUGAGAAACACUGGCAGGGCAGGAGGGAGUUCAUCCUGCGGAACAUAAACGACUUCCAACUCGAGCAGCUGGACCACCUGCUCUCCCUCUCCAUGGUCUGGGCCAACAACGUCUUCCUCGGCUGUCGGUAUGGCACAGAGCUCCUGGAGAAAGUGAAGGAAAUGGCCGAAGGCAUCGUGGUGGAGGAUGCACCAGUUUUCAAGACAAGAGAUGAGAUUAUUAAGAAGCAACAGGGUCGAUGACCGGCUCAGUUGUUUCAUCCCUUCUGGUUGUCGGAUCAAGACUGAUGGGACUCGGCUGUUGUGUACAUACAGGCUGUGCUUGUAAAGAGUCAGACCACAUUUCACAUGGUUUUACAAUCCUACACUGUUUAUUAUGGAUGUGAUGAAAGUGUAAACAUCAAAUCUUUAUUUUAAAUCAAAAACAGAAAUACUGUGUCAACUCGCAUUUUAUUGUAUGGCAACAGCGAAGAUGCUUUUGUCUGUGUGGAAGCUUAACCGCUCAUCUAUUUUAACACCACUGUUUUAGUUUUUUACGAGUGUACUAUGUUUUUAGUAGGUUUUUUUAAUAAAUACAGAUGAAAGAUGACA